AUGUCUCUCCCUGGGAUAUUGCGACUCCCAACCGAGAUCCUAGUCUCCAUCUUUGAGUUCCAAGACUUGCAGGAUUGCGGCUCAGUUCCAAACAUUCGGCUGACAUGUCAACGGUUCUGUGCCUUGAGCUCACACCUCCUAAUUCGCAAAGUCUACGUGGAUAUCACACAACAAGAAACCAUAGAUCGCUUACAGAGCAUAGCGGCUGAUGCGGGCCUUGCUAAAGGCGUACGAGAAGUCUAUCUGCGCGUUCAUUUCUAUCAUCCCUGGGUGGCAGCCAGUUUCGAGAAAUUCACUGCGUCUAUAGAGUCAGAAUGGAAGCAAAGAACCUCUUCUCGGAACUAUUAUGAACAAGAUCAACAACAAGGCAGUGUUUGGGAUUUCGAGCGGAUCGCAUGGAAUUUCAUACGCAGCCUCGACCGAACCGUAGCAGGUGAUGCUAGUCAUCAUGAAAUGGAAAGACAAUCCACAGGCAAUGAUGCCGAUACGCGGACUUCAUGUAUAAUUCGCCCUAGUCUAGUCUUGCAGCGGGCUUAUAAGCUAUAUAAGGCCGGAUAUGAGUCCCAGGAUGGUAUUAUGCGGAACAGAAGUUUUACUUCGGUUCUUUCCAAGACUUUAUUCAAGUUCAAGGAUCUCAGUCGUGUCAUCAUCUACGAUCGUGAACUAAACAACAACUAUGAUCCAGGAAUGACUAUCUGUGUACCACGAGAAGACUGUACAGGCCAAACGGAUGCUCUUGUGUCUGUAUUUUCGCGUCCAAUGGUCUGGGAGGAUGCCCAAUGGAUAGAACCAUCUGAGGAAAUACGGGCAGGGGUGCCAAUUCAAUUACUGGUUGAGAUUCCGAUAGCAAUUGGUCAGACGCACGGUCUCAUGAUCAGCAAUCUUCACAUUCAAGUUACGGCUGCACCGGACUAUGCUCGAUUGCCAACAGACCCAGAAACUCUCGGCAUCUUAUCAGCUGCCAUUAAGCAGAUGGAACUUUUCCAAUUUUCUUUCAAACCAUGCUGUGCGAGUGGCUGUGGCCCGUGGAGGGCUUCGGACGAUUGGGGAGAAAUAAGGGGAGCGAAUGGAAAAUCUGCGACAGAGCUACAAGCACUCGGUGAAUACCUCGGCGCCAUACUAGACUGCGACAGUAUUAAGCAUGCGGAAAUCAACCUAGGAGAGUUUUGGAUGGGUGCUGGUUUCGAUUCAAUUGACCGCGUACCGACUUCUCUCGGAACUAGCUGGUUUCACGCAUCAGCAGGAAUUAGAUCCCUUGACUUGAGACAAGUACCUCUCACUACGGCAGAUCUUGAGAGAUUCAUUACUGAAGCACUGGCUGAUGAAGAAGUUGAAAUUAGUCUAUUGGAUGUUUAUCUUUGGAAUGGUACCUGGAAGCAAAUACUGGAAUCGCUACGUAUGGCAAAGAGGAAGAACAUGAAGAUCAGGCUUAAGGAUCCCCUUGGUGGUGGGCUAGGAGAACUUGAUCAGGAAGCUUACUCAUUAGUUUUUGAUCAGCUCACGGACCAUGCAUCUAUGGCCGAGCAAUACAUUAGAGGAGAAAUUGAUCGGAAUCCUUUGGAAUAG